AUGGAGAAGGAAACGAAAGAAGCAUUCUUCGACGAGCUUUAUCAACUCGACAACGAGGACUCCGGCGAAGAGGACCAAAGCAAUGCUAGUGUGAUACUUCCACUCCCUCGGUCAGAUGUCUCGGCAAGGACCCCGAGUAACCAAAUCGUUCAUUCCUCGCGUCCAGAGCAAUCCCUCUUACGCACCGUCUCAGCACCUUUACCCCAGCUGUCGGCCUCGAGUCCUUGUCAAGCUAACGUGGUCGAGAGAAGCUCGUUUUCUCCCACGCCGUCUUCAAAGCCUUCAGAGCAGGUCAUUAUUGAUACACCCAUCAUGGCGAAGACAACCGCAAGUGUGACUGCUCGGAAGGAGGCAUCGAAAACCAUCGGGAAAAGAAAGCGAGGUCAAUCUCUAGAGCUGAAGAGCGAAUCUCAACAGAUAUUCAACGGUCUCGCCUUCUAUUUUAUACCAAACAACGACACGUCGAUUCCUCGUAAGCUUCGGAUUCGGAAGGCGAUGGAGUGGGGAGCGCUCUGGAUCAGGGAGUGGCGAGACGGCGUCACCCAUGUUAUCGUCGACAAGGAUUUGUGUUACGACGAUGUGUUAAAAACCCUCAAAAUAAAAUCACUGCCAUCCGAUAUCAAGCUUGUCAACGAUAGGUACCCAGCUGAUUGCAUUAUGUACCGUUUCGUCGUGAAUGAGAUCCAACCUUUGUACCGGGUCGCGGGUCACGAUGAUGCAGUGAUGGUACAGCAGCCACCAACGUCAGCAUUAUCGUCCGAAACAUCCCUACAGCUAAGGGCAGAAAAACAGGAGCGUCUACCGCCACCACAGACACCUUCGCGAACCGAAGGUAGUGAGCUGACUUCUUCGGGUCGUGUGUCCGUCGAUGCCGAUUUCGCGGAGUCGUCAACCCCUCAAAGGAUUACGAUGCCCUCACAUGCGUGCCCUCAGAAUGACUUAGAUAAAGCCAUCGCGGAGGCUCAGGUAACUAAAGACCUCCCCCUCGACAUGGAUGAAGACGAGUAUUCUGAAGAAAGUGCAAUUCUCGAUGAUUCGGAGAACGAGCAUAGCAAAGAGGAGAAACAGCGCAAGACAAAGUCAAAGAAAGGAUCAUUCAGUAAGUCGUGGCAGGAGAAUUUCAGCUGCAUGUCGAAACACGAUGGGGUUGGAACUUCAGCAAAUCCAAACGCCAGAACCAUCGAGAUUUUACAGCAGAUGGCCGACUACUACGAACGUGACCAGGAUCACUGGAGGCUUACUGCCUACCGCCGAGCCAUUGCUGCUCUCCGAAAGCAAGCACGGAAGAUCACGACGGAGGAACAGGCCUUUGCACUCCCCUUUAUUGGACAAAGACUGGCCUCUAAGAUCGAAGAGAUUGUCUGGACUAACAAACUUCGACGUCUUGACAACACUAGUCUCGAUCCAAACGCUGAAGUCCUGCAGCUAUUUAUGGGCAUCUAUGGUGUUGGGCUCAAGCAAGCAACUAAAUGGAUUGACCAAGGCCACAAAUCUAUACCGGAGCUUCUUGAGAAGGCUCACCUGAGCAAGAAUCAGAAGAUAGGUAUUGCUCACUAUGAAGACUUCAAGACCCGGAUACCGCGCGCAGAAGCGGACCGGCAUGAUCAGUACGUUCGAGAGACCUGCAGUAAGAUCGAUAAUACUGUCCAGUUCACGAUAGGUGGAUCGUACCGUCGUGGAGCUGCGGACUCCGGGGAUGUCGAUUUCAUUGUCACGAAGCCGGAUGCCACCAUCAAAAACCUCCGCACCAUAAUACUUGACAGGGUUAUCCCAAAGCUUUUCGACAAAGGCUAUCUCAAAAUCGGACUCGCUACCACGGACAAGGUCGACGGUAGCAAAUGGCACGGGGCUGCAGCUCUGCCAGGCACCACCAUUUGGCGGCGAAUCGACUUCCUGCUGGUGCCGUGGGAUGAGAUUGGUGCUGCCUUGAUCUACUUUACUGGCAAUGAUAUCUUCAACAGGAGCAUACGGCUACUGGCAAGCAAGAAGGGCAUGCGUCUCAAUCAACGUGGGCUGUGGAAGGAUGUCGUUCGAGGCUGCAAUAGAGAGAGGAUUACUCAAGGUACUCUGGUCGAGGGCAAGGACGAAAAGAAGAUAUUUGAGUUACUAGGUGUACCGUGGAGGCCUCCCCAGCACAGGAUGUGUUGA